GACAGGUGCUCAGUUACCAGAUCGGCUCCGGCUCCGGCUUCCAACCUCAACUGAGAGUAUUCGCGCCUUUCUGAGCGGCUCCUGCAACGCAACAUUCGUUUUAAAUAUUAACAUAAUUUGUUGUUGUUGGUUUUUUUUUCCCGUUUUUUUUUUUACGUAUUUAUUUUUGAAGCGAAUUCGGUCAAUGCUGAAACGUGAUAGUUAGUGUUUAAUUUGCGAGUAGCUCAGUUGAAACGCAAGGAAUCGCACAAAAUGAGGCUAUUGUUGAAUAAGAGAAGCCUUGUAUGGCUGGCAAUCGUCGCUCUGAUGGUCACCGGUCUGACGCUUGGCCUUGUCUUCGGACUGAGAUCGAGGGAUACGCGCUAUAUAACUGGAGCCGUGGUCUCCAAUGGCAUCGGCUGUGCCGAGGUUGGCGGCUCGAUGCUCCAGGAGGGCGGCUCCGCGGUGGAUGCAGCAAUUGCGACGCUCCUCUGCGAGGGCAUCAUGUUGCCGCAUUCGAUGGGCAUCGGCGGUGGAUUUGUGGCAACCAUUUACACGCGUCGCACACGCAAAGUGGAAACGGUAAUGGCGCGCGAAUCGGCGCCAGCUGCUGCAAACAAGGAGAUGUUUGUGGGCCAGAAGGAGGUGACGGGCGCACUGGCGGGCGCUGUGCCCGGCGAGAUACUUGGCUAUUGGGAAAUGCAUCAGAAAUAUGGACGGCUGCCAUGGAAGGCACUGUUCCAGCCAUCCAUUAAGAUGGCCCGCGAGGGUCAUGUUGUGUCCCGCUAUCUGGCCGCUGCCAUCAGCUCCAAGCUAACGCAGAUCAAGAGUGAUCCAGCGUUAUCCAAAAUGUUUCUCAACGAUAAGGGUGAGCCGUAUGUGGAGCACGAUUAUAUGAAGCGGCCCGCCUUGGCCAAUACCCUGGAGCGGAUCGCUAACAAUGGCGCCGGCGAGAUUUACGAUGGCGGCGAGACGGGCGUCAAGUUUGUCGAGGACAUCACCAAAUUGGGCGGCAUUAUAACACUGGAUGAUCUCAAAAAUUUCAAAGUGCGCUGGGAGAGCGAUGGUCACAUAUCGGCAAAUGUGACCGGGGGAUUUACGCUGUAUACGACACCGUUGCCGUCGAGCGGUCCGGUUCUGGCCUUUAUAUUGAACGUGAUGAGUGAACUGUAUUCGGAUAAUGAGGGCAUUUACUGGCAGCGUGUCAUUGAGAGCUUCAAGCAUGCGUAUGGACAGCGCACGAAUUUGGGUGACUAUGAAAAUGAUCCGGAAUAUGGUCAGAGCAUAAAGGAUCAGCUGGAAAAACUACUUGGUACCGAGCUGGUGAACACCGUGCGAGCCCUGAUAAACGAUGAGAAAACCUCGCAGGAUUAUAUGUACUACGGCGCCAAUUUCACCGUGGAGCCCGAUCAUGGCACCGCCCACAUGAAUGUGCUGGCAAGCAAUGGUGAUGCCAUAUCCAUUACCAGCACCAUUAAUACAUACUUUGGGGCCAAGGUAGCAUCGCCGCAAACGGGCAUCAUAUUGAAUGACGAGAUGGAUGACUUCUCGACGCCGGGCGUUAUUAACAGUUUUGGCGUACCCUCCUCGCCAGCCAAUUACAUCUAUCCACACAAGCGGCCCAUGUCCUCCAUGAAUCCCUCGAUCAUUGUCGAUGCCAAUGGCGAUGUGCGCAUGCUGGUCGGAGCUGCUGGCGGCACCAAAAUAACAACCAGCGUGGCAACGGUCAUAAUGAAGUAUCUGAUACGCCACGAGAGCAUGUCGCAUGCCGUUAACGAUGGUCGCCUGCAUCAUCAGCUGAUACCUAUGCGCAUCGAUUACGAGGCGGAUGUAAAUAGUGAGGUUAUAGAAUAUCUGCGCAAUGCUGGACACACAUUGAGUGAUAAUCCUGGUGACGGAGGAUUCGCUGCAGUUACGGCAAUCGGGGCGUUACAUGAACCGGAACCGUUCUUUGAUCGUCGACGCGUUGGCAGCGUUUUGACUUUACAAAAUAGAAACAAGAUGCAGCAUUAAAUAGUUACAAUUUUGGGUGCCGUAUCGGCAUCAAAUUGGCCAAGCUUAACGCUUGAUUGGCGAGAUUUUUCAUUUUAUCAUUUGAACUCUCAUUAUAUCUAUAUCU